UGUAGGCCUUUGUCAAAGUAUUCUUUUUGAAGAAAUUAACCAAUAAUCCAUUUUCUAAAUGCAUGCAGAUAUAGCUUUUAUGCAAAUGUGGGACAGUCCAAAUUCAUUCAAGCAUACAUCCUGACUGAGAAAAACAAGACACUAGUGCGUUAGUAUAAUAGCAGUGAAGACUGGGAUCAGUGUUGCAUAAAGACUGAUCUGCGUUAUUUCAGAACAUUUUUUAAUCUCUGGACCAAACAUUUUUAACGCAAUGGGGACAGUCACAAACAUUCUCCUCUGCAGCGUUGUUGUGGUUAUUGCUCAGAAUGAGGUGACUUUAGAGCCGGACAGGCCCUUUUUGAGGAUACAGGUCUUCCAGAGAGCUGUCUUGGAGUGCUGCUACAGUACCAUUGGGACGUCAGUGACAUCCAAUUGGAUCAAACGGGCUCCGAACAAAACCCUGGAUCCACAUGCUGUGCAGUUUUCACACACUGUGGCUAAAGACGGCAAAAUAGACAAAUCCUGUGGCAUCUUGACCUUCGACCGAGUCCAGCUGAGGGACUCUGGACUGUACCAGUGUUGGCUGAACGGCAGCAGCGGCGUUCUCCUCUCACAUGGCACCUACCUGCAAGUCUACAAACCAAUGGAGAAAACCAUAAACCUCAGUGAAAGCACCAAAAACAAGAUCCUGACAGCUGAGGGAGUCUUACUGCUACUGUGUGUGCUUGUGCCUUCUGUCACCCUUCUCUUCAAGUCAAAGAGACUAUAUGAACUGGAGAAAAAGAAAGCAAAGAAGGAAGAGGAAAACAUAUAUCAGGGCCUAAAUCUGGACGAUUGUUGGUCCACAUAUGAUCAGAUUGAACGCUCCCAGGCACAUGGCCCAUACCAGGAUGUGGGCAACAUUAAAGAGGAGGAGGAGGAGGAGAUUCAACUGGAGAAACCCUGAAGGAAAGGGGAAGAUAGAGAAAGGGGGGAUGUUGAGUACAUUUUGAAAGUUUAACUGUGUGAUAUCUAAAUUG